AUGGGGCCGAAGUCCGCAGCCCUCAGAGGCCCCUCGCGGAAGGUGGCCGCGGUGAUGCCAGACAUGACCACCUUUGAGUUCUUAACAGACGCUGCUCGCCAUAUGGCCUCUGCGGCACCCGCGCUUGCUACGCACCUCGGGCAGCGUGCUCUACAG